GUAUAAUUUAAAUGAGGUUUGCACGUAAACAUCUCCCACCUAUUGCUACACACUUGCCUUAUAACUAUAUAUGAGCAUAUAUAGGUAUACAGUGUGAAUGAGAGUAGCCCAUACUUACGAUAUGGAUAUAUAUACACACACAAUACGGAGGUACCGAUAAUCGAGCUGACCAAACGCUCUCCUCUGUUUGGUUUGCCAAGUCUGAUAACUUCAAUGAUGUGGAUGACCCUCACAUACGCAUAAUAGUUCCUUUAUAUAUUAUUCAACCAUUCCAUAACAUCAAGUCGGCGCACCCGGAUCUACCCAGUCAAAAGCAUUGUGGGCAUACGAACAAAGGGUCUAACAAUACGAAGUAAACAUAUCAUUUGUCUAAGAUUACAUAACCUGACGUACUCAGUCAGAAGCUGAUCAACAUGGACGUGGAUGAUUGUGUUGUUAUCUCGUCGGACGACGAAAUCAAAGAUUCCCGAGAAGUUAACAAUCUUACUGGUGUUGCCUAUCCUUCUGCUUGUGCUAUCCUAGUUCCUACAACAGUCGAAUGCAUAAGUUUGAUCAGCUCUGAUGACGAAACGCAAGCACCACGUCUAAGGAAACCUCGUGGCACCAAGGGCAAAAGGAACAGAACGCCCAUCAGUAUAAACAGCCAGAGUUCAGAGGAGAAUGUGGACUUGCCCGACCAAAAACCUAGUUUAACCCCUACACUGGCUAAACCUGCGCGAAUCCCUAGUUUAAGGAAGGACCAUGAGAACGGGAAGGGAAAACGCACUGCCUCUUAUGCGACUAUGGCGGCUGGUGCGAGCAAAUGUACUGAGCAAGCAACACAGUUACAACCACACACGAACACCAAACACUCCACACAAAUGCCUGCGCUUGCGCCUAUAACAAGGAAAGUAUCAGCGGAGAAGCGGAGAAGGAAUGGGGGUGCAGUCCGUGCCCGGGGAAUGGGCCACAAGGGCCAGGUCAGGGCCAGCGCAAAGGACUGUAUUGACCUCGAAAGUGUGGAGGUGUCUAGUAGAUUAGUAGGGUCGAGCAGGACCCAAACGGGGGAGACGUCUGGUGAGACGAAAUCGGGACGAUAUACGAAGAAAUCAGGAAUUAGCAGUGAGAGUGAAGUGCCGAAAGUACCGCACGGCGGCAAGAAAUUGGACACAAAUGCACCAGGACAUAUAAAAGUGCGAACCAUGCACAGGGCCGUGAAGGGCCAGAGCGAGGGCUCUCCCGUGACAAAGAGGAGGAAGAAUACAAUAGCAGGAACACUGGCUGAGCGAGAGGUCAGAGUGUGUGGUCGAAAGCAUAGGAGGCUACAGACACCAGAGAUAGGUGUGGCGAAGGAUGGUAGGCUGACGGAGGAGCCAAGUGAUAGUGGGGCGUUUAGUGACAGCUUCACGGCAUCACCCCUGUGGGGUAGUCCGAUAGGCGAUCCGUACUUUGCAAUGGAAAUGAGGUAGUCUAUAGUAUAUGGACAUGCGAGAAAAAUCCACAACGCAGACUCGGUAUAGGAGUAUAUGCACCAAAUAGGGAUCGAGGCAUAUAUAUCUCAGAAAGAUACGAGCGACACUCUGUGGUGCAAACCAGAAAUCAAUUCUUUCAGUGAACCAAGAACUUGGUUCUAACUUUUAUACCCUCACCAUGGAUAAGGAUCGGUACGCUACAGUACACUCUAUGGCAUCCGUGUAUGUAUAGGCCGUCCUCAGACCGUUGUAAGUUGCCCAAGGCAGUUCGGUACUCAAUCUCGAGCACGCAGCGCAAUAGAGCGCCAGACUAUCAGUCCGUGUCUCCCAGACUAUGCAGUGUGUCUAAGCUCCAAACCAGCUACUUCCGCUCCAACCCCGACGCUUAUGGACUACGCACACGGGCGUGUGUAGUACGGUUAAAGUAAGGCGCAGAUUGAACAUGUCGGGUAAAAUAAGAGUCCACCGGGAUUGCGAGUGUCCGUCUCAACAAGUAAUAUAAGGCGACCGAAGGUCCUUCGAAUGCAACGAAUAUAUGUGAUACAGAAAGAGAUCUGCCAGACUAUGUAGCCCUUUUUCAGCUACUGUAUCGGUAGAAUAUACAACAUUGUGCAACCUAGCGAGUGCAUAGCGUACAGACAUGCUGUACAUCUUUACACAUGAAAAUAUAUUAAAUAUAAAUACUGCCCCG